UCGGCCUCGCCCGCGCCGCUCAACGCUCAAAUACGACCAAUCGGUGGGCCGCCAACUCCUGCAAUGUCCAUGUCCUGCACAUUUCCCAGAAGCGUGUCCGUAGCACGAUGCAAGUUCCGGGACCUGCCUUAAUACCCCGGCGUCGGCCACAGCGAUGCCGUGAGGUUUUCGGCUCCAGCACCGUUAGAACUGAGGGAAUAUGGCGUGUGGGUUUUGUUCUUUCCGAUUGAUACCCUUUCUGCCUGUUUUCCUGUCGUCCUUUGCGCAUUCGAUGCCUCAUCAUGAGGCCUUUCCUCGCCAAGCUUUCUCGAAUUCUACCGUUGCACCCAGUACAUCUUCGAUAUCGACGCCGACCUCAACGGUCAACGGUAGCACAGCGACAAUCACUGGCUUUCCUUCAACGGCCCGUUCGAGCUCCAAUGGCACUUGUCCCACGACCUAUCCGUUUGACUACCUAGUUGAAUUCAUGACUUUCACGACUGCUUGCCAAGAAGCGUCUUCAUGGGCCGUAGAUGCGAAUUGGUACAACCUGGCAGAUGGCUGUCUGCGUACAUAUUGCGGUGGCGCAGACUCGAGUGCGAUUCAGAGCUUCCUGGACGCAAGCACUACGGUGUGGACCACCAGUACGCGGAUCAUGUUUCAGGGGUUCCCCGGAAGUGGAAGCUUGAGCGACGUCGUAGUAUCGCAAACGACUUGGACCGAAACAUACACGUUUACCCUUGACCCUCCUCAGGCCGUUACACCGAAGCCUCCUUGUUGCGGUCAAUGUACUCUUCGGGCCGCAACAGUCCAGCUUUUCUUCUGGCCGGAAACCGCCGAAGCUGCAACACCCAUAGUCACCGGUCUCUUACCCAAUGCAACAGCCGCUGCUUCAGGUCUCCUAGUAGAUGGCCCUGGAAUAUAUGUGGACGAGUCCGGCUUCACGUUUACCUCCCCCAGCAUCUACAUCGGCUUUACUUCUCUGGGUGGCCAUAACCGAUGUGGGCCUGUGGGUACUCCGGUCUUCAACACAACAAUGGCUUUUGAUCCCACGGAAAUUAGCAGCGUUCUGCCCCACGAGACGACAGCGGAAUGCAUUGUAACACCAACGUAUGAUAAUGGAGUCGUCGGGGAGGUGACAUACAGAGAAACAGCUUUUCCACCUCCUCAGCCUCUAACAAUGUCAGACGUGGUUCAAAAUUGCUCGACAUUGGAAGGCUAUUACUACUUCACGAAUAAUCCAUCCUCUUGGGCGGCAGGUGACCCCUGUCAUCCUGUUAUUGCCAUUCCGACUAGAAUAAAUCAGCUCCAAGCAGAAUGGAAUGAAUGUGGUACGGCGUACAACGGUGGUUUCUACGACCCACCAAAGACGCUUCAACAAGCACCGAUCCUGGUCCCGACCACGGCAAGCCCAACCCAAGGAGGGGCUACGCCAGUUGCGCCGAGUGCAACCGCAAGGCCACCAUCCUUGCCGGAGCAAACUCCCGAUCCGGAGCCCAGUUCUCCUGCAGAGACUCGCGAUUCGCCAGCUUCAAGUGUGAACGAUAUUCCCCAACCUACACCACAACAACCAACCCCACCUCCUCCCUCCGGCCAGCCUCAAUCAUCGAACGAUCCCGCCCCUCGGCCCGGAUCAUCAUCUACUAUCGUCAUCACUCCACCACCUUCCGCACCGGGCAAUACCCAGCCAAACCCAAAUAGUCCAAGCAACCCUGUUAUAACACUCAAUCCGCAGCCCGAUCCUGCAGAUCUUAAUCAACCAAACAAUCCUACAUCAUUGGUCACGCUCGUUCCGACCGUUGUUUCUCCACCCCAGAAUGAUCUCAAUCCCCAGAAUCCGACCCCUUCCCCACAACCCUCGGGGACAGUCGUCAUUGUCGGCACACAGACGCUCACCCCCGGCGGCGUUAUCACAAUAGGCGGUACAACAAGUACACUGCCAAACGGUCAGACCACUGUAGUUGGAGGAACCCAGAUCGCCCUCGAUCCCCAGGCUACCCAGGUAAUCAUCGAUUACACAUCAACUGUCAACCUCCCAUCGGCUGCUCCUGCAGAGUCAACUGCCUCUCCUGUCCUGCUUACGGUCGACGGCCAGAUAAUUACCGCUGCACCAACCAGCCCUAUCGUCGUAGGAUCCCUGACGCUCCUCCCUGGCAGCAGCAUCAUUGUGGAUGGCACGACUCUGAGCCUAGCGGUCGGCGGCACGCAAAUUGUCGUAGACGGAUCCACCAUCCCUCUGACAGCCGGUUCUCAGACCACCGCUCCGUUGGUGAUAACGCUCGAUGGGACGACGCUCACAGCGAACUCAUUAACGCAGUUCAUGAUUGGAGGCAAGACGCUGUCCUUUGGUGGCCCGGCAUUGACAGUUUCUGGGACGACGUAUAUUCUCACGACGAACAGUGAGGGGAGUACAGUGCUAAUUGCGGGAACAGCUGGGGUCUCGAGUGCGGUGACUGCGAGUGCCACGACUACGCAUUCACGUCAUUCAGCUGUGAGUGACAGCCAGACGGAAGCUGGGACGAAUCCUGCAUCGCCUUCUAAUACAGGCGCUGCAGGUAAUGUGGUUGUUACUUGGGCCUUGCUGUGCGUGGCGCUUUUCCUCGCGGAAGUAGUGACUCGGUUCGGUUAAGGAGCCUGGAUUCUGAUGACUGUAGCUGUAGUAGGGAAACUUUUCAUGGUACAUGGCAUGAUGCAUAAUGUAGUAAUAUUGCCCAUGCUUGUCCGGAGGAAUAAGUAUGCAAAUCGCGCUUCCAUGAUAUAGAGAUAUCCACAUUGUAGUACUGCGAGGCGCG